CGCAUGCUUCCACAGUUCCACUUAAGAUUUUUAGUCUACUUCUUCAGCCUAACCAUCAUUUGUUUUAUCUGCCUUUUCUUUCUUCCCCAUCAUUUCGCCCUCGGAAUGAAUCUGGUUUGGGGCAGACAGCGAUCCCAAAAACUCUCAUUAAAAUAUCAUCCGCCACUUCCAAAGGUGUACGGCCCUGAAACUACUUCGCCCCAAAAGAAAACCAAAAGGAAAAAAGAAAGAGAAUUUGAAGAGAAAGUCCCCGUCUUUUAAAAUUCUCAAAUCGGUCCAAAAAACCGUCUCUCGUUGGCAAAGCUCUCUCCUUUUCCAGAUGUGCGUGUGGAGUGAGUGAGUGUGCACAUUGCCCAUAUAUCUAGCUAGCAAAAAGAUCUGGCAGCAAAGGUGAUUCAGAAAACCCAGAAAGAGAUGCCAAACAUAAUAGUGAAAGGAGGGAGCCGGCCGCCAUGGGUGGGGUUAGCUGCUGCUGUGUGGGUCGAGGUAGCUGCUGGGAAUGGCUACACGUUCCCUCUCUACUCUCCUGCGCUGAAAGCUGUGAUGGGUCUCAAUCAGCAGCAGAUUACGAUUUUGGGUGUUGCUAAUGAUAUUGGGGAGAGUGUUGGUUUGCUCCCUGGCAUCGCCUGCAACAAGUUCCCUCCAUGGGCUGUUCUAUUUGUUGGCGUCGUUAUGUGUUUCUUGGGAUACGGAGUUCUCUGGCUUACAGUUAGCCAGACUGUUGUUGGCUUGCCUUACUGGCUGGUAUGGAUUGCGCUAGUUAUUGGAACAAAUAGCAACGCAUGGUUCGGAACAUCUGUUCUCGUAACUAAUAUGAGAAACUUCCCCCUCAGCAGGGGCACUGUCUCUGGUAUACUUAAAGGCUACGUUGGGCUCUCUGCUGCAGUUUACACAGUGAUAUACAACAUGGUGCUCAAGGAUUCUGCAUCCAAUUUCCUAUUGUUCCUAACCCUCGGCAUCCCAGUUACAUGUUUACUGAUGAUGUAUUUCAUCCGGGUGUGUACUCCAGCUUCUGGAGAAGACUCUUCAGUGCAUGUUCAUUUUCUUUUCACUCAGGCUGCCAGUGUUCUGCUUGCCAUUUACCUUCUGACAACCACAAUAGUGACUGAUGUGUUCUCUCUUGGAAAUGCUGCUUGCUAUACAUUGGUUGCAAUCAUGGUGGUUCUUAUGAUUUCUCCUCUUGGGAUUCCUGUAAAAAUGACACUCUUUCCAGCCAAGAAACGGAGCACACCAACUUCUGCUUCAAAUCUUGUUGCUGCACCUGUUGCUGUUGAAGGUGACUCAACCCCCCCAACAGAGCAGCCUUUGUUGGUUCAAUCAUCCUCAGCAGCUUAUCUCGGGAGUUUCCUCGAGAAUGAGGAUGCUUCAGAUGUUGAAACACUUCUUGCUGUUGGGGAGGGAGCUGUGAAGAAGAAAAGGAGACCCAAGAGGGGCGACGACUUCAAAUUCCGCGAGGCUGCAGUAAAAGCUGACUUCUGGCUUCUUUGGAUGGUGUACUUUCUUGGAGUUGGUUCAGGAAUUACUGUCCUUAAUAACUUGGCCCAGAUCGGGAUUGCCUUUGGACUUAAUGACACAACAAUGUUGCUUGCCAUCUUCAGCUUCUGUAACUUUGUUGGACGCCUUGGAUCUGGCGUUGUCUCUGAGUACUUCGUCAGGUCAAGUGCGACUCCGAGGUCCGUGUGGAUGACAGUAGCGGAAACAAUCAUGGUCAUAAUUUUUAUUCUGUUUGGUCUUGGUGUUGAUGGCAUGCUGUAUGUGGCAACUGCUCUGAUUGGUGUCUGUUACGGAAUUCUCUAUUCUGUUAUGGUCCCAACCGUUUCUGAGCUCUUUGGCCUGAAACAUUUUGGUGUCAUUUACAACUUUGUGCUACUGGGAAAUCCUGUUGGUGCUCUUCUCUUCUCAGGAGGGCUUGCUGGGACUAUGUAUGAUAUAGAAGCUUCUAAGCAAGGAAGCUCCACCUGUGUAGGCCAUGAAUGCUUUAAGGUGACAUUCCUGGUUCUAGCUGCGAUCUGCGGAUUGGGCACUCUCUUGAGCAUCAUCUUGACUAUCAGAAUAAGGCCUGUUUACCAAAUGCUUUAUUCGGGGGGCUCUUUCCGUCUACCUCAGACUUCAAGCCAUUGAGGAGCAGAGGAUAUAUAUUGUAUUGCUUCGGAGUAAGAGCAAGCUUGUUUUCGCAAAGACUUGCUCUAGACAAGCCAUUUAGUAGUAUACACAUUAUAUAGGAGCUCUUACAUUUGCAGUAUGAUAAACUUUUUCUGGGAAGUGUCGGGGCUAGGAGCAUUGAACAGCUACGCAAGAAGGCUACUCCACCAGGGGAGAGGGCGAUCUUAGCUGCAAUGAACCUUAACCUUCAGAAUCUUUCACUCAUGCUGAUUGUGCAGCACUACAACCUGUGAAACCCUGUGGCUGUGAGAUUUUUUAGUUCCUCAUUUCUUGUAUGAUAUUUUGUAGCCAACAUGGAAAGGAAGUUGUUUUAACAUUCUUCGUUGUUGUUCUUGUUGUUAUGAUGAUGAUGAUGAUGAUGAUGCAUGAUAGCAUGUGCCGAGUGAGUUUGUCAACAAGUAUCUGAGCCCAUUGCAGCAGAUGAAAGUGAGAGAUUCCAUCAGCAGCAGAGGAAGAGAGUGGGUGAUUCAAUUCUCUCGGACAGACAGUGGUGGCUUGAAUCUGGGACUGGGAUGGGCUGCUUUCACAGACGAUAAUGAGUUGGAGCCAGAAGACAUUUGUCUGUUUGAGCUAGUCAAGCCUGCAGAUUGCAUCAUGAAAUUCCACAUCUUUCAAGCAUCCUUUUAUGGUUAGAAAAUCUAGGAAUUCCUGAGUGAUGAUCGACAUGUAAUAAGCUCGAAAACUUGGAUUGCUGUUGUUUGGAUAAUGGUUAAGGUAGCCUUGUGGUAUCCGUGUGCAAUUCGAACCUGUUGCAGGCUUCCACUACAGGUUUUGUGCUGUUACCCUAAUGUACAAGAUCAUGUUUGAAAAAAGGUCUAUAACAUUAGAGUUUGAAUGGAAAUGAAAUAUGACUCGAGCUUAAACCCAUC